UUUCUUCUUAUAAUUACUCAAACUAAACACACUAUCACGCUCGCUCUCACAGAAUCAGAAUCAGAAUUAAAAAAACCCUAUCGGAGAAGAAGAAGAAGAGAAGAUGCAGAUCUUCGUGAAGACUUUGACCGGAAAGACUAUCACCCUCGAGGUUGAGAGCAGCGACACAAUCGACAACGUCAAGGCCAAGAUCCAGGACAAAGAAGGUAUCCCUCCUGACCAGCAAAGGUUGAUUUUUGCGGGUAAGCAACUGGAAGAUGGACGUACUCUUGCUGAUUACAACAUACAAAAGGAAUCAACACUUCACUUGGUACUCAGGCUCAGAGGAGGAACCAUGAUUAAAGUCAAGACUUUGACCGGUAAAGAGAUUGAAAUUGACAUUGAGCCUACUGAUACUAUUGAUCGUAUCAAGGAACGUGUUGAAGAAAAAGAGGGUAUUCCACCUGUGCAGCAAAGGCUCAUCUAUGCUGGUAAGCAGCUUGCUGAUGACAAAACAGCUAAAGAGUACAACAUUGAGGGUGGUUCUGUGCUUCACUUGGUGCUUGCAUUGAGGGGUGGUAAUUAGUAAGGUAGAAUGCACAUUCGAUCUCAAGAAAUUAGCCUGUUCAGACUUGGUCACUUUCUAGUUCUUGGUAAAUGUUUAACAAUUGCUUCUGAACCUCCUAAAGACAUGAAAGGAAGCUCUAUACUCGUCCAUCUAUGAGGACAUGAUUGUUCUUUUAUGUGCUUGUUUUUUUAUAAUUUUGGGGUUACUUUUGGUGCUCACUUCGUUGUAUGCUUUUAAACCCAAAAAUUGGCAUCUUAAUGAAAUCUCUAAACUAAUAAUUCAUAACCACAA